AUGGCGGCGGCAGUGAGCAGUGAGUUAGGUGAUUUGGUUGAGAUUAAAAAGCAGCUUUAUUCUAUAAUAAUUCAGUGUAAAGAGAGAGGACUUACUCAUAGUGUGAAAUGGGCAUCAGAGCUGGCAUUUUCACUGGAUCCUCUCCCCCUGAGUGAGAUUCCUCCUGCACCACAGCUCACUGAGGACGAGGCUCAGGAUCUGGAUGCGCUGUGUUUAGCGAAGUCGUAUUUUGAUCUGAAGGAGUACGACCGUGCUGCGUAUUUCCUACGAGGAUGUCGCAGUCAGAAAGCGUACUUUCUCUACAUGUACUCACGCUACCUGUCAGGAGAAAAGAAGAAGGAUGACGAGACAGUGGACAGUCUGGGUCCUCUGGAGAAAGGUCAGGUGAGGAAUGAAGCUCUGAGAGAACUGAGAGUGGAGCUCAGCAAGAAGCACUCUGCUGGUGAACUGGACGGAUUUACUCUCUACCUGUACGGUGUGGUGUUGAGGAAGCUGGAUCUGAUGAAGGAAGCUGUAGCAGUGUUUGUGGAAGCCACUCACAUUCUCCCUCUGCACUGGGGAGCCUGGCUCGAGCUCUGUAACCUCAUCACCAACAUCGACAUGUUAAAGUCUCUGUCUCUGCCUGAUUGCUGGGUGAGGGAUUUCUUCAUGGCUCACAUGUACACAGAGCUGCAGAUGAUUAAGGAGGCGCUGCAGAAGUACCAGAGUCUGAUGGAGGCCGGAUUCUCCAAGAGCACCUACAUCAUCUCACAGAUCGCCGUAGCCUACCACAACAUCCGAGAUAUUGACCAGGCGUUGGAUCUGUUUAACGAGCUGCGUGAGCAGGAUCCGUUCCGUAUUGAGAACAUGGACACGUUCUCGAACCUGCUGUAUGUUCGGAGUAUGAAACCAGAGCUGAGUUAUCUUGCCCACAACCUGGUGGAGAUCGACAAGUACAGAGUGGAGACCUGCUGCGUGAUUGGUAAUUACUACAGCUUGCGCUCUCAGCAUGAGAAGGCAGCUCUGUAUUUUCAGAGGGCGCUAAAGUUAAACCCUCGCUGUCUGGGAGCCUGGACGCUGAUGGGUCACGAGUACAUGGAGAUGAAGAACACAUCAGCUGCUAUACAGGCUUACAGACAUGCCAUUGAGGUGAAUAAGAGGGAUUACCGGGCGUGGUACGGACUCGGACAGACCUAUGAAAUCCUUAAGAUGCCCUUCUACUCUCUCUACUACUACAGGAAAGCUCACCAGCUCAGGCCGAAUGAUUCCCGGAUGCUGGUCGCUCUUGGAGAAUGUUAUGAAAAACUCUCACAGCAAGUAGAAGCUAAAAAGUGUUACUGGAGAGCGUAUUCAGUGGGAGAUGUAGAGAGGAUGGCUCUACUCAAACUCGCCAAACUUCAUGAACAGUUGAAUGAAUCAGACGACGCAGCGCAGUGUUACAUCAUCUACAUUCAGGACAUUUUCUCCUGUGGGGAGCAGUUGGAGCAUGCUGAGGUUAGUACAGCACUGCGCUAUCUGGGUCAGUACUACCUUAGGAACAAACUGUAUGAUGAGGCGGCACUGUGCGCUCAACGCUGCUGCGACUACAACGACGCUCGUGAGGAGGGGAAGUCGUUGCUGCGGCAGAUUUCGACGAUGCGUGAACAGGGAGAAUCUUCGUCUGAUCCAAAUGUGUUCAACCCCCUCAGCAACACCACACACUCACACACCCUACAGAGUGUGUACAACAACACAACACCCAUCAGGAGAGUAUCACCCCUCGACCUGUCCUCUAUCACACCCUGACUUACCCCGUCACAUGGUGCAUGAUGGGACAUGAACUCUAUUCUUUCAUCGAGUCUAACGUCAAUCACAGCCGAACAAAUAAAUCUGCAGCUUCGUUUA